AGCAAACAUCAGAUUCUCCACUUCUGCGAUACUGUAUCUACUACUACUAGGUAGUACUAGUACUACAGCGAACAGUCUGAGUUUAGCCUAGCGUAGAGUCUGAGUGACAUGAGUCCCAGCUACUUCAGUACAGUAUAGUAUGAUUGUCCUGAAAAUAGGGAUGCAGUGUUUUCCAUACCGGCAGCCUAGCCGGUCAACUGGAAUACUAUUACUAGUAAGUUAGUAGAUCUGACCUGAGUUCAGACCUCUGUUAUGUUCUCUCCUGUACGCUGUACUUGUAGAGAGUUGGUAGUCAGCCAACACUGCAACACUCGACAGUCGUGCGUGGAUAUCUGGUGCGGAUGUCAUCGGCCUGGUGCUGCAGCAGCACUUGCCCUGGGAAUGAUAUGACUGGAAUCAGCGCUGUUGAGUGUUCUUGCGCCUGAGUAGAACAGUCGUUGCUGAGCCAGUCCUCUUACUCGAGGGCCCUCACUGUCUGUGCAGUACAAUCAGUCAUGUACUUCCAUGCACUAGCGGUAAUGUUCGACUACUCGUAAUAUCCGCUGGUUGCCCUUCCUGGGAUCUGGUUGUGACCAGUUUUGAGAGUUCUAAACUAACAUAGGCCGAACGUUCCUUUCGUGACGGAUGCAGUGCACUAGUGACCGUGAUACAGUGCAGGACUGUUCCGGAAGUUCUUCCGCUGGCGGAGCUGAGGCCUAGGGGCCGGGGGUCGUUGGGAACUGUUACUUGUGCGGAAAGCAGAAGACUGAAGUGCCACCCGUGAUGUUCGCUGUCAGGUUUCUGCUCGCACUAAUGAAGGCUCGAUCAGAUAUCCAUUCAAUGUGGCUUUCCAUGGGCAUCAUCGUUGUAACUUUGCUAUCCCAUGGCAGCGUAGCCCAAGAUGCUUCGGGGUCUGACUGUGACAUGGUCUGCACAGUCGUAGUUCUGUCUGGUACUAUGGCAAACUGCUCCGCUAGUCAGUGCACACAACCAAGUCCAUCUAACGUUACAGAUCACUGUUCUGAAGAUCGAAUUGUCACACUCGAAACUGGUGAAGUUGAAGACGUUGGUUUGGAAGUUUCCUAUACUGAUGAGAUGAAUGACACGAUCAUGAUAACACUGACUCUUGGUGGAAGCAACAGUUGCUGUGCAGACGUCCCAGUACCCAGCAGCACGAUUGCAGAACAACCAUGUGGAAGCGUUGUGACGAACUUGGCGUGUAGCUGCCAGCAGGAAAGCACUGAUUCUAUCACAACUAUCAACACAGAGCCCACCACUGCGGAUGAUUCUGACGAUGGCUUUUCUCUUGGAGUCAUCAUUGGUAUUGCUGUGGGUGGAGCGGUGGUGCUUUUCCUCGUUUUGCUGCUCAUCGUCAUAAUCAUGCGACGGAGGAAGCAGUCGCAUCAAGCGGCAUCAUUUAUGAAAGGCACGGCACUAACAUUUGAUAAUCCUGGCUUUGAGGAUCCAGUCAAUGGAUCUUCGCUACAGAGGCCAGUCACCAUCCGAGCACGCAAACAAGGCACUCUUUUCAGCAUUCGCCAACGAUUCUCCCUGAAAACUGACAGCACUGCCGGUACACUGAAUCGAUCCAGCAACAGUCCUGAGCUCAAAGACCGUGAGCAUCCUGUGUAUCGCUGCGAGCGCAGGAUCGAUGAUAUUGUUUUGGAAAAGGCUGCUGAUGCCCUGGAGAUUGAUGUGCCGUUCCGAAACCUCCUCAUAAUGCUGGGUCAUCCUGAUCUGCUGGACGACGUCAGGAAGCUUCCAGAGGGUGAAGGUGAAACGGAUGACAUUCUGGUGUGGCUGUGUCUAAAGACAUGGCGUGACACAACACUGGGAACAUACUCGUCGCUUGCCCGUGCCUUGAGGAACCUCAAGUUACUCGAACCGCUCGAUGAAUUGAAGGGUGCUGUGGACGUAAUGGAUAAUCCUGUGCCGGCCUACAACUUUCCACAGUCUGCUGGUGUGCUGUCCAACACAGCUCAAGAUAACUUCCUGACACUCAUUGAAGGACACGACUCCUCUCUUGCUUCAACCUUCCAGCAAGGAUCGCAGGGUGAUCUAAGGGGGACUCCUAAUGGAAAUGGAGUUACACCGGGAGCUGGAACUUCAUCUUUCGGGUUUUUCAAUGCAGCAACCGUUGACCUGGAUGAAAGUAUGGCUGCUCCUCCGACACCAGGGACUAUCCCGGAAGUCAGUGAAUCAGCACCUACUUCCCCCUGGGACACGAUUCAUUUGAAAGAGGACAGUCCUGACCACCCAGUGGACGCUGGACAGACUGAAAACCCGUACAACUCGAUUGCGUUUGUUAGAAACGACAGCAGGGGACCACCUGUAGAAUUGGAUGUAGACAAGAAGUACCAGCUGCAGCCCGUGAUCGCUCCGGUGGUGCCGGCCUCUCACCGCCAAUCCAGGAACUCAUCUCCUGCUCUUGAUUUGGAAACGGAUGACACUCCUGAUGGCCCACCACUGAAAAAGCCGGUUGCUCCUCCGCGUGCCCGCAAUAAAACUGCACCGCCUGAAAGGACAGACAAUGUCAAGGAAGAAGUGCCAGCAAGCACCUCUCCUGAAGCUGUAGCAUCUGAAACUGUUUACGCUCAAGUCGCCGAAUCGCCGGAACGUAAAAAGGAGACAAAGGAAGUGGAUGCUCCUGAAGCUGUAGCAUCUGAAACUGUUUACGCUCAAGUCGCAGAAUCGCCGGAACAUAAAAAGGAGACAAAAGGAGCGGGUGCUCCUGAAGCCGUAACAUCUGAAACUGUUUACGCUCAAGUUGCAGAAUCGCCGGAGCGUGAGCAGGAGAUCAAAGAAGCGGAUGCUGCCAAGACGGACGCUCGCACGCCUCCACAUCGUUUUGCGAGUGGAGCUAGCUCCGCUGAGAAUCUCUACUCGGAGGCGAAUGAAGGUGGCUUGAUUGACACUGCUGAUAGUCAGGUGGAGAAUCCCUAUGCUUCUCUUGGCGAGGCACGCGCUGGCGUUAUGCCCAGGAAACGUGGGCCGCAAGUGCAGCCGUACCGGGUGAAGGAGGAUACCAGAAAGGAUAUGCUCAGGCGGAUGCUGAACGCAGAUGGCUCACAAGAGGCCGGCAGCAGUAUCACGAAGCGUGCCUCGUGGGCUGGUGGCGAUACCAGCGCGGCCGGCCUAGAUCCAAGAAGACGAUCAUUUGUGGCCAGAAAUCCUGAGGAUCCAGACUACGCCUUUCCCGACAAAUCUCCAGCUCGUGCAUCGUGUGCUGUUUUCACUGUACCCCGUAGCCAAAAUACGAAUAUGGCUGAUCAUGAUAGUAGCGCUGGUGAUGCUAAUCAGGAGGAAGAGGACCAUUCGAAGGAAGACAGCCCACAGGAAGAACACAUCGGACAAGAAAGCGAGAGUGCUGAGCAAAGUACUAGUGACACUUGAAUCCAACUACGGAUAUCACGGUGAGUUUUGUGGCUGGCGUCUUCAACCUGUUCAGUGACGAGUUUUCCCUGCAGCCAAUAGUCUUGAACAGUCGUAUGCAGGCCUAGGUAGCGGAUCACUGUGUGACACACCGGUAUCUGUGCGUUAUGAAUGGCUGGCACGGACUAUUGUGCUGCGUAGUUCAAAAUUGGUGGCUGCUAAGAUGCACUUAGCCACAAGGUAAGAUAUCACAACUGGGUGCCGCCGACCGAAUUUCCAAUUGUACCCAACAUACCACAGCUAUAGGGCAAUAAUACUUUGGACUUUUUUUGUCAUGGCCAUGCCUGACGCACGUUUAGCAGACCAUUGACUGACAGAUUCUCCUUCUCUACUCUGGCAAGUACACUGUCCGAAUUCCUUCUGUCUAAGCUGCUGCUGAUACAGCUCGUCUAACAUUUACUGCUGCUGCUCUGGGUUGACCAUUGCCGUUUACCAAGAUUGUGAUUCAAGUAAUAGUUGCUGUAUCCCGGCCGUGCCUAGGCGCCUUGUUGAAUCGGACCGUGCGGACAGCACAGGAUCAUUGCAUUGCAGUAUCUACAAGUAUUAUUAAAAACUGUGUUCUGAUCGGUUUCUGUCAGAGAUAAGUCUGUUCCUUCAGCUUA